GGGUUUUGACCCUGUCAUUCGGAGGUUCGAGUUCUUCUACCCCAGUCUUUGCAUUUUUGAUUCAAAAAAAUCUAUAGAGCACCUCAGACACUUCCGCGACGUCCUUGACCGCUUGCACAGACAUGACUUCUACGCCAAGUUGAGCAAGUGCCGCUUUGCCUAGCACAAAGUGAAUUUCUUAGGACACUACGUGUCUGACCAGGGUCUCCACAUGGACGACGCGAAGAUCACUGCUACUGCGGAGUGGCCCGCUCCCACAUCCGCCAAGCAGCUUCGUAGCUUCUUAGGCCUGACCAACUACUAUAAUAAUUUCAUCCAGGGAUACGCUAGGUAUUCCUACGUCCUUACCUCCACCCUCCUCAGGAAGAACCCACCCAGGGCUUGGACACCCCUCCACGAGGACGCCUUCCACGCCCUCAAGAAGGCGGUGACAUGCGCAUCGGUUCUUCACCUACCCGAUUUUGAUCGUCCUUUUAUCCUUACCACCGAUGCGUCAGACUUUGCUGUAGGAGCAGUGCUUUCUCAGGUCUUCCCCUCCUCUCCUGAUUCCUCUCAUCCUCGUAUCCCUCGCUUCCCACCACCUACCCCUACCACUGCUUCCCGACUGACGGCUACUCGUCCAGCUACUGACGAGCCUUCUAUUGACUAUUCUCCUACCAUCGCCGAGGACGGCACUGUCGAGUCUCGCUCUGGUGAUUGUCCAAUAGCCUUCUACUCCCGCCAGCUUCUGCCCGCCGAGAUAAACUACACUGCUGAUGAACGUGAGGUUCUUGCAGUAGUUUAUGUCGCUCGGCACUGGCGUCACUACCUGCACGGGCCACCCUUUACGGUGCGCACGGAUAACUCUGUUGUCCAGGCUUUUCUGACAAAGCCGAAGCUCACUCCUCGACAGGCUCGCCGGUGGCGCGACCUAUCCGAGUUUAGUUUCACCACUGAGCACAUCAAGGGUGAGACUAAUCGGGUCGCAGAUGCCUUAUCCCGACGCCCUGACCACGACCAGGAGCAGAUCCAGCUCUCUUCCAUCUCGGUCACCACUGUCCACCACUCAGUGGUCGAUGAGUUUCGCACUCAGUACUGCCACUGCCCCGACUAUCCCGACAUCCACGCGACCCUUCGGAGUGGCAAGACCGUCCCGAACUACUCUCUCAGGGAUAACGGUCUUGUGUACAGACACGGUUCACAGGGCACCAGAGACCCCCGUAUUUUCGUUCCCUCCACGGGACAGCUACGUGUCCGAGCAAUAGCAGAGUUCCAUGACCAGGCAGCCGCCGGUCAUAUGGGCUUCCACAAGACGUUGGCUCGUGUGAGCCGUCUGUACGUCUUUCUGAAGCGCAAGGACUUUGUGAAGGGCUGCGUCGCAGAGUGUCCCACCUGUCAGCAGGUGAACAGUGCGAACCACCUUCCUUAUGGUUUGCUCCAGCCUCUAUUUAUCUCUGAGGGUCGUUGGCAGUCCAUCUCGAUGAACUUUAUCGGUCCCCUUCGUCCUCCGACCCCUCGCCGUCAUGAUGCUAUCCUGGUCGUCGUUGACCGCUUCACGAAGCGUGCACACUUUGUUCCGUGCCGCUAUGCCAUCAGUGCACGUAAGGUCGCCGACAUCGUGCUUGACCAAGUCGUGCGUGACCACGACUUACUUCUGAGCAUCAUAUCUGACCGUGACCCGCGCUUUACCAGCCGAUUCUGGUGACGGCUCCACGAGGUGUACGACACUCAGCUCCGCUUCUCCUCGUCUUACCAUCCUCAGACUGAUGGUCAGACUGAG